GCAAGUUAAAAUAUGUAAAUGCAUAGUUCCGGUACAUAAACAACCUUUAUUCUGCUCUGUAAUAAGCAUAUGAUUAAUGCAGUUUGAUGUUUCUGGUCCCAAAUUAGAUGAAACUGACAUUUAAAGAUUGGUUUUUCAUUUCUUUUCCCUUCAUGUUGUUGCUACAGAGGAGAGUUAAGGUUGUCUGAGUGCCUUAAGUGUGUAUUUCCAUACUUUAACAUGUUUGGCUUUAUAAUAAGUUUAAACGUAACCCUGAAUAUUCUAUGUUUCUAGUGAUUCUUCUUGGUAUAAUUACAUCAUUCUUGUAUAUUUCUUAUCCUUAAGUUACUGAUAUACUCUCAACCUCAAAAGCAAUUUAACAUAGAGGUUUUUGUCUGGGAAUUUAGAGAAGAGACCAGGCCACAGAGUAGGAUCCUAGUUCAACAUGAAUAUGCCCAAUAUUUUGAGGUGUCUGCAUCGAAGAUUUUAGUUUGUCCAGCAGCAAAAGAUCUGGAUGUGAAUGUCCCCCAAAUUUGAAGGUGUUCUCAUCCAGGGUUUUGGGUUAGGCCCAUCUUUAGUCUCUAUGAAAAUUCUUUUUUGUUCCUGGAUGUUUUCCCAAAAAAGGAACCUUGUCUAAAACAGGUAUUAGAAAUCCUAGUUUGGUUUUAUUUUUUCCAGUAAUUUACCAAUCUGAGUGUAGUAUAGGGAAAUUACUUUAAUCUAAACCCUUGGCACUCAGUGGGGAAAAAAAAAAUCACAUGACCCAGUGGAUUUGAUUAGACUGUACACUUCUCUGCCAAUGCUCAGAGAGUAGAAGUGAGCUAGGAGGCAGUUAAGGGGAAGAUAGUGUUGGUAUUUCAUCCAAGCUCACUGGAUCUGUUCACAAUGGAAGAGUUCCAACAGCAACUUCUCACUCUUUUUGGGGGUCUAAUUUGUCUGUUUACUCUGGUGAAAUGCAUUAGAUUUUUGAAGUAUUUUUUCCCACGUAUAUGGAAUGCUUUGCCUCAAUCUUUCUUUCGGUCAAUGGGAGAAUGGGCAGUGGUCACAGGAGCAGGAGAUGGAAUUGGAAAAGCAUAUUCCCUUGAGCUGGCAAAACGUGGAUUAAAUAUUGUUAUGAUAAGCAGAACACUUGAAAAACUGCAGAAAGUAGCCACUGAAAUUGAACAGGCCACAGGUAGACAUGUGAAGAUCAUACAAGCUGACUUUACAAAAGAUCACAUAUAUGAGAAUAUUGAAGAAAGUCUUGAAGGCUUAGAAAUUGGCAUUUUGGUUAACAAUGUUGGAAUGCUUCAUAAUUCUCUUCCAUGCCGUUUCCUAAAUGGAGCAGACACAGAUGAGAACCUCAUCAACUGCAACAUUAUCUCUGUUACCAAGAUGACACAGAUAAUUCUGAAACAAAUGGAGCGAAGACGAAAAGGACUUAUUCUGAACCUUUCUUCUGGUUUGGGCACCUUUCCUUGUCCAUUAUAUACUAUAUAUUCAGCUUCUAAAGCUUUUGUAUGCACAUUUUCCAAAGCACUUCAAGCAGAAUAUAAGGCAAAGGGAAUUAUCAUACAGGUGGUGGCUCCUUUUGCUGUUUCUACUCCAAUGACAAUGUACCAAAAACCCAAUCUCAUAACAAAGACUGCGGAGGAGUUUGUUAGAGAAUCACUGAUGUAUGUAACUGUUGGAGAGGAGACAUUUGGUUGUUUAGCCCAUGAGAUCUUGGCAUGCAUCGUGCAGCUCAUUCCGUUGUGGGUAUUCCACAGUGACAGACUUCAAGAGGUGUUUCUGAACACAUUUUCGACUUACCUGAAAAGGAACUGGAAGAGGCCCUAACAAAAUCAACUUUUUAGACCAUGUGAAAUUGUGAAUUCUAGCUUCAUACACUAUAAUUCUGGGGGCUAAAUUCAGCUCUGGAUGAAUUUGGCCCAGCAUGCUUAAUGAAGAAGUUUGCUAAGGGCCUGAUCCAAAGGCCAUUGAAGUCAAUGUUUUUCCACUGACUUCAAUGGGCUUUGGAUCAGUUACAGAGGGAUGGGAUGCUACAGCUGCUUUUGCUUCUUUAAACUGAGCUUGCAAAGGGUGGGUAGCUACAGCUGUUUAAUGUUUACAAAUAAGACAAUUUGCAUUAUUUCCAAACAUAGGUUUGUUUGCUUUGAUGCUUUUAGGAAGAUUCACCUGAUCUGUGAAGGGGCUUUGGAUUUUUGUGGUAGGACACAGAGAUUUUUUCUAGAGGAGGAGGAGAUAGUGGGAAGAGGUUUUAGACGUUGGAGGGAAUCCGUGCAUAGGGGCUUUGGAAGUUUGCAGGAACAGAGUUUAUUAGUGGAAAGGGCUUUGGAGUCCUCCAAAGCAUCUUAUAUGAAUCACUGUCAGACAGGAUACUGGACAAAGUAGACCUCCAGUAUGGUAACUUCUAUUCCUGUGUUUGUAGGAAGAUGAAAGCUGAAGGUGAAGACUUUGAAUCUAGAUAGUUAUUUGGAAAACUUUACACAUUCAGAACUUCUCUUUAUUUUGUGUAGAAUUAGGAAGUGAGAAUCUUUGCACUUUGCAACGUUGUUUUGUUUGUGCGUUCCAAAAAGCUAUUCAAUAAAGAAAAAGUCAAGUAUCAGAAGUCUUAUUUAAACCAACAGGAGUGAAUAUAUAUUUGCAUUUGUUGGCCAAAUGUGAUCUGAGGAUGUCCCUGUAGUGUACACAAGAUAGGAGGUAAAGCUGUGCUCCCACUUAAUUCAACCACUAAAUAGAUCCUAAUGACUCCUGCCAUUCCUUUAAGAUGCCAUGUGACAAAAAGCUAUAUAAUGACAUAUGCCAGAUACUGCCAACGCACUGACAUAGUACAGCAUAGCAGCUCCUUUCCAUAAAAUACAAUGUUAAAAUCUCAUUGUAAGUCUGACUUACAUCAGAAGGACGAGACAGGAAAGAUCCUAACUCUCCACAUAUGUCAGCACAGAAACCAAAUUCUGCACUGUUCUGAAUCUUCAUUCAAAGGCACAUUAGGGAACACCGCAAAGCGUACUACAUGUUAUGGUGUUUGUGGGUGUGUGCGUGCACAUACGUGUUUAGAAAUAGUUGAUUCUGACGUUUACAUACUAAUAUCUAUUUUCAACCCCUCUCACACUGAACAUCAUCAUUAAAAUAAUUACUUCAAUCUCCAGGAAACAAUGAGCAUUCUUCAUGGUCAUGUAAUACCCACCACACCACCUGUAAGGUACAACGAACUAUGUUCUAUGGAAAUUGUAAAGCAAGGCCUCACAAGAGCAUGCUAGUAACUCUAUGUAAAUAAGUCAUUCCACUGAGUUCAGUGGGGCUAUUUCACAUGCUUAAAUUUACACAUGUGCAUAAGGGUUUGCAGGAUCGGGGCUAAGGUAGUAAUAGGUCACCCAGGUCAGGAUUGCCAACUCCGAAGCAUUCCAAAAAACCAUGAGCCAACCCCCCAAAACCAUAGAGGAAACUCUACAAUUGUGACACUUGGCAACACUGCUAGGUCCUUCCUACUUUGACUGCUGAAAAUGAAACAUUGAGAGAAAAGUGAGCCAGAUUCCUCAAGAACAGCAGAAACACAAUUAAGGCAUGAGAGCACUAGCUAUGAAUUUUGGCAUCUCCCAUUGUUUGGACUUCUCUUGAAAGGAAUAGUUACAUUUCAGUAAGAGAUUUGGGGUUAGUAGAUUUGAAUUUCUAACUCCAGAAAAAGUUUUGCCAAAGUUUUAGGAAUGCAGAUAGCAGUUGUACAAAAGGCACUGUGUUUUAAAAGAUCACUCUGCUGUUUUGUGAAGAAAAACAAGUGAAAAAUUUAAUUAAAAACAGUACUAUAUGUAGGGUGCUUAAUAACUGUUAGAAAAAGUCUAGAGAGACAUUUUCCAAAGCACCUACAUGACUUAGCUGUUAAGUCCCAUUAGGACUUCGAAGUCACUUAGGCCCAGAUCUUCAAAGGUAUGUUGGCUCCUAGCUACUGAUUUCAAUGGCAGUUCUAUGUCCAUGUAUUCUGUGACCAACUCAGUCAUAGGGGCAUCAUUUCAUGAUGUUUCAAUGGGUGAUAUUAUCCUAGCAGUCCCUAUCUUCUCUGGGAUCCCUUACAGAUAGGGAACUAAGGCAUAGACAGCCUAAGUGACUUGUCCAACGCAGGCAGUCCAUGGCAGAGCAAGGAAUUAAACAUGUGUCUCCUAUGUCUCCCCAACUGCUGGGUCAUCCUUUCUCCCCUCAGUGGCAGUUAGGAGCCUAAUUACUUUUGAGGAGCUGGGACAUAAGUGCUUUUGAAAAUGUUACACAAUAUCAUAACACAACCCAAAAUGAAUGUUUCUCCUGUUUAUGAAAUUCACAUACUGUACAUUGGAACUGAAUACCUUGUCUGUCUUUCUGAGUACCCUGUUAUAUGGAAAAUAUUUCCUACAUUUUAUGCCCAUUGAACUUGCUCAGUUUGUAAAUUAAACAGUCUUUCUACAUUA